AUGUCCCUAGACUCGCCUCAAAUUCCGUGCGCGCCUCGAAACGUCUCCCUUUUCCUAUCUUCCCGGAUCGCUCUCACCUCACCUUGCCCCUAUUUCUCCCCAGCUAGCCCUCCUUUUACCCUCUUUUCCCCCUCGAUUCCCAAGGAGCGUAGCCUCAUUUUCCCCUCUGCUUGCCCUCCUUUCCCCACCUUCUCCCCCUUAUUUUCCCCCUUUGUUCCUCUCAAUUCCCUCCCUGCUCCCUUUCAAGUCCCCCCUUGCUCCCUCUCCAUUCCCCCUUCUCCUGCUCAUUCCCCCCCUUCUUCCUCACGUUUCCCCCCAUUCUCUCUCUCCUUUCCCCCACUUCCCCCUCUCAUUUUCCCCCUUUCUUUCUCACAUUUCCCCCCCUGCUCCCUCUCAUUCCCCCCCCCUUCUCCCGCUCAUUUCCCCCCUUCUUCCUCUCAGUUCCCUUCAACCUUCCUCUCAAGUCCCCCCUUGCUCCCUCUCAUUUCCCCCCUUGCUCCCUCUCAUUUCCCCCCUUGCUCCCUCUCAUUUCCCCCCUUCUCCCUCUCAUUUCCCCCCUUCUCCUGCUCAUUUCCCCCCCUUCUUCCUCACGUUUACCCCUCUUCUCCCUCUCCUUUCCCCCACUUCUCCCCCUCAUUUUCCCCCUUUCCUCCUCAUUUCCCCCCCGCUCCCUCUCAUUUCCCCCCUGGUCCCUCUCAUUUUCCCCCUGCUCACCCUCACUUCCCCCCUUUAUCCCUCUUCAUUUCCCCGUCUCUUUCCCCUCAUUUCCCCCUCUCUGUCUACUCAUUUCUCCCUCUCCUUCCCCACAUUUCCCUUCUCCGUCCCCUCCUUUCCCCCUCUCCUUCCCCUCCUUCCCCCUCUCCUUCCCCUCAUUCCCCCCUCUUUCCCCUCAUUUCCCCCUCUCCUUACCCUCAUUUCCCCCUCUCCUUACCCUCAUUUCCCCUCUCCUUACCCUCAUUUCCCCCUCUCCUUACCCUCAUUUCCCCCUUUCCUUCCCCUCAUUUCGCCUCCUUCCCCUCAUUUCGCCCUCCUUCCCCUCAUUCACCCUUUCCUUACCCUCAUUUCCCCCUGUGUGUCCCCUCAUCUCCCCCUCUCGUUUCUCGCAUUUCCCCUACUCUGUCCCCUCGUUUCCCUGUCUCCCCUCAUUUCAUCCUCUCGUUCCACAAAAUCCCCCCCCUCGUUUCCCACAUUUCCCUCUCUCCCUCCCCUCUUUUCCCUCUCUCCGUCUCCUCCUUUACCCCUCCUCCUCAUUUUCCCCUCUCCCUCCCCUCAUUUCCCCAUCACCUUUCCCUCAUUUCCCCCUCUCCUUUCCCUCGUUACCCCCCCUCCUUUCCCUCAUUUCCCCCUCCUUCCCCCCAUUUCCCUCGAGGAGGGUCCGGGUGA